CUCACAUCAUUCAUUGCUUCUCUGGUGAUGUUCAUUUUGUCAUUGCUCGCCUGUUUCUUAGUGGUUUUGAACAAAUCCAUCCAGAUAUGAUAACCUUUGGAGUUUUGCUUCUCUUUCUCAUCGGCCUUACUGCAACACAUCUGAAUAACCCACCUGUGUUUACUAAACCGGGAGAAACAGUUAAUUUACCUUGCUUUUACCAGAGCCAAAUAGCCAUGCACUUCUCAUGGUACAAGCAUGAACCUGGACAGAAUCCCAGGCUCAUCUCCACCAUUUACAAGUAUGAUCAAAAUGCCCGGUUUUACCAUAAUUUCAAGAAUGAUUCGCGCUUCUCUGUACUGAAUGAAAAGGGUGUGCAUCAAUUGGUGAUAAGAAACACACAGAUCUCAGAUUCUGCAACAUACUACUGUGGAAGUGCUUAUUCCAACGUAAUGGAAUUCGUCGAAGGCACAGAGUUGAUAGUUGAAGGGUUGAAAAGCUACACUGUUGUAAAACAACAUGCUUUCAUUCCAUCACAUUCUGGAGAUUCAGUGAAUCUUACGUGCACCGUUUUAAAUCAGACCUGUGUAGGAAACCACAGUGUGUACUGGCUCAUACAUGAAUCACAGGAAUCUCAUCCAAGAAUAAUUGGCGCACAUGGAACGAGUACUGAUCAGUGUGAUCGGAUCUCUGAAUCUGGUUUUACAGUACGUAGAUGCGUCUACAGCUUCUCUAAGAAGGACCUCAAUCUGUCUGAUGCUGGGACUUACUACUGUGCUGUUGCUGCGUGUGGGGAGAUAAUGCUUGGGAACGGAACCAAACUGGACAUUAUAGGUGCAGAUUCCACACAGAUGACUUUUGUUCUUCUUUCCAUUGUUAGAACAGUCCUUCUUAUAAUCACUAUUGCCACAGUUACUGUUUGGUACUGCAUGAAAUCAAAAAGAAUGUCAAAAGAGGGCUGUUCUUCACCUGCCAUCCGAGACAGACGAUCCCGACCAAAGGGAAGACCAGGGGCCAGUUGUUCAAAAGUAAUCUGAUCGUAUUUGGGUUGGAUUGGAUCAAAUCUUGAAAAUGGGUAGUUUAAAAGAAAAAAAAAAAAAGGAUUCUGAAAUCAGAUUACAUAACAAUCUUGGUUUUGAUCAGGAUAAAAUCAUCAGUUUGUGUCGUUAAGAUUGGGAUAACUUUGGGAUAACAAAAUAUCUGGAUUAUACUGAUCCAAUCAGAAGGGUGGCUUUCAGGAACAAAAAUGUAAUAAAACUUUAAAACUGGUCCAAGAAUAUAAAAUUUUUAUCAUGUAAUAUACAUACACACAUUUUUAUUUUGUUUAACUGUUAAAGUAAUAAAUUAGAAGUAGGCAUUAGGCUACAUAUAUAGCCUUCCAGUAACCUACUGUAAAGUAAAAAAGAUUUUUUGGUGCCAUAAAAUAAUACCCAAACAGCUGCAAAUAUCAAUCAUUAGAGAUGAAAAAAGUUCUUUGCGAGCAAAUGCAAAGUUUCUUGGGUGAACGCUACGCAGAACUUUUCCGAGAGAACACAAAAGCAUUGAAAUGUUUUCCCCUCCCCCAUCUAAUAGUCUUUCUAUCACCAUGUCCCUUUAGGGGCUCCAUAGAGCACUAAUAAUCCAGAUUUGGUAAUCUGAAAAAGUGUGUAUCUGGAUCAGGGUGAUCCAAUCCAAUUUUGCUUUGAAAAACCAGCACAAAAGUAAGAUGGAUAACCUGAUCCUGGAUAGCAAAACAUGGGGUUUCCAAAUCCAGAUCAUUCUGAUCCAGAUUAAACUUUUUGAACAACUGACCCCAAGACUUUUGAUGAAAUCAGCUUCUGAUCAUCCGCAAAUUCAUGGGAUGAAUAGACUUGAAACAUGUAUUCGUCAUGUAAUUUAAUGCUUGGGUGCACGGUCGGCUUAAUAUCUGCUAACAUUUUAAUUUGAUGGUUCCCCACUGACAUUUUACUGGCUUUAAGUAGCUUUGCAAGUACAUGUGAACUUAUUCUACAUAUCUAACAGUCUACUGAUAUUGAACUAAUACUCUAAUAAGAGUUACUUGACAUUGAGGUCCAGCAUUACUUACUGUCAACAGAAUGUCUAAAAAGGAAACCAUUAAAAUAAAGUGUAACCAAUGUUUGUAAUG